GUCGCGGGCCAUUGUGCAGUUAAGCUGCCUUUCUCGUUCCGCAUUCUUGUUUUCCUGUUGCUCCGAUUGGCGUCCAUUGUUGGAUUUUGAGCUUCAUAAUUCGACAAAAUGUCUCGGGUGUAUAUCGGAAGGCUGAGUUAUCGGGCCAGGGAAAAGGACGUCGAGAGGUUCUUCAAGAGCUACGGGAAGAUUCUGGAAGUCGAUCUAAAAAACGGGUAUGGGUUUGUUGAAUUUGAUGACCCGCGCGACGCCGACGAUGCGGUGUACGACCUGAACGGGAAGGAGCUGUGCGGGGAGCGAGUGAUUGUGGAGCACACCAAAGGUCCCCGUCGUGAUGGAGGCUACAGUGGCGGCGGCGGUGGUGGUGGAGGAGGGCGAGGAAGCAGUGGUUAUGGAGGGCGUUGGGGCAGAGACCGCUAUGGUCCACCUAUUAGGACGGACUAUCGGCUCAUUGUUGAGAAUCUGUCCAGCAGAUGCAGCUGGCAGGACUUAAAGGAUUACAUGAGGCAAGCAGGGGAGGUGACUUACGCUGAUACGCACAAGGGCCGAAAGAAUGAAGGGGUCAUCGAGUUCAGGCUCUACGCUGACAUGAAGCGGGCUCUGGAGAAGCUGGAUGGCACAGAGGUCAACGGCAGAAAGAUCCGUCUCAUCGAAGACCGCCCCGGAGCCAAACGCCGCCGCUCCUAUUCCCGCAGCAGAAGCCGAUCCAGGUCCCGCUCCAGGAGCCGCAGGUCCCGCAAGAGUCGAAGCCGAAGUGAAAGCAGCAGCCGGAGCCGCUCCCGCUCCAGGCCUGCUUCUCGCUCCCGCAGUCACUCCAACAGCAAGAAGAGUAAAGGAAAGGACAAGAAGGAAGAUGAGCGCAGCAACGGAGACCAGAAAGACAAAGACCUAAGCAGGAGCCGCAGCCCCAAAAGCAAAAAGAUCAAGAAAGAAGGAAAGAAGAGCAAGAAGGACGACUCGAGGUCCAGAUCCAGGUCUCGCUCCCGUUCCGUCUCCAGGAAGUCUGAAUCUAAGGGUCGUGACCCUCCCAAGAGCGACGAGGAGGCAGGAGAACAGGAGCGGGGCUCUCGCUCCUGCUCUCCCGCUGACUCAAAAUCCAGAGCCAGGUCUAAAUCUAAAUCUAAAUCCAAAUCCAAGUCUAAAUCCAAGUCCCGCUCCCCUUCCCCAGUCAAAGAGCGUUCUCGCUCCCGAUCCGCUUCCCGUUCAGUCUCUCGCUCCAAAUCCCGUUCCCAGUCCCGCUCUCGUUCCCGCUCAUAGUUGAGAUUUUUGGACUGUUUGUCAUCACUUAGUGUCCCCCUCUUCCUCCACUUUGACAUUUCCCAACCCACACACGGGUACUUCCCAUUUUUGAUAAGUAGCUAUACAUCCCAGAUGCUUGCUCUUGUCUCAUGCACAUGCUUCUCCAUUUUAUUUGCUUUUACACAUUUUUCUCCUUUACCGUAGACCCAAAUUAGCAGGCUUUUUGUUAAAGUUGCAGUUUGUGUACCGUUCUAUAAGUUGGUGGUAUGCAUUUUAGCCCCCUUUGUCCUUAAAUAUAGAUGCUAAUUCUGUACCGCUGUACUUUAUUGGAAUGUUUCACCUUUUGUGAAAGCUGUGACAUUUAAUUUCAAAUUAAAAAAAAAAAAAAUUAAAUAAAAGCCUCCUGAUUGUG